AUGAACAAAUCACAAAUCAUAGCUCUUUCAAUAAAUAUUCUCAAAUCAAUACCCGAAACUCUUGCUAGAAAUGUCCAAAUUCCAAAAGUCGAUCCAUGUUUGUUAUGUGAAGAAGAGUUACUUUCAAAUUCGUCUAAUCCGAUCAAAGAAUUUACUCUAGCUUUGUGUGGCCACAUCUUUUACCAGAAGUGUCUCGAGAAGCAUCUUGUGAAUGGUGAAGUGAUAUGUCUGAAUAAGGAGUGUAAUAAAGAUAUCGAAACCUUUCUCUCUCCGAGGCUAGAAAAAAAUAAGGAUAAGGAGAUAAAAUUACAAGAGUCUAUAAGGUCGUCUGUGGAUGAAACGAAUGCCACUACUACAGAAUUGACCAAUAGCAUUGCUACUACUGUCAUUACGGCUAAACAAGUAGACUCAGACCAAACUCCCGUGAAUGAUGUUGAUAAUCCGUUAGAACAAGGGAGUCAGCUGACGAAUUCUACCAAAACUUCUCUUGAUCAGACUCGUGAGACAGACUUGGGUAAGGGAGAAGAAGAGGUGCCAGAGGUGGUUGUAGAAGAAACAGUACUGGAUCAAGAAAUAGACGUGGAUAAUACUGGUGACGUGGUUGAGGAUGAGAGCGAAAAUGAGAACGAGGUUGAAGUUCAAGUUAAUCUAGAUACCGCUAAUAAAAAGUGGGCAAAUACAUCUACGGCUAAUCCAUCCGCUAAGAAAGCGAAGACUAAAGUUGAGGACUCUCGUACAUUAAAAAACCUUAUACAAGAGCUGACUUUCAAUACUCUUAAAGUUUCAGAGGUCAGAGAAAAAGAAGGUCUCUUUAGGCUUCAGCAGGAAGUAGGCAAUUCCCGCAUUUUUUUAACUUUAUACAGCAGAAUUACCAACGCUUAA